CGUGAGCCUGGUGAUGUACUGUGUUAAACAGUAUUAUUAGAAUAGAAGGGAUUACCUCGAUAACUAGAAUAACCAGAAAUGGCAGAUUCUUUCAGUCUACAGAAUGUUCUGGAAAACUUCAAGUUAUGUCUCAGUGAUGAUAAAGAAAUCUACAUGAAGUAUUAUAUCUCAGGAUGGCGAGAGCUUGUGAGCUUUAUGAACCGCCUGGGAAACGUCUUCUCUUUCAUCUCCAAGGAUGCGGUGAACAAAAUCCAGAUCCUUGACAACUUUCUGACGGGUAAGGAUGGGACGCACUACCUCACCGUCCAGUCCAUGGUGAAGUACGAGUUGGACAACGAGCUGGUGGAUCUUAGCAAACGAGGCAGCCACCCGGAGUCGGGCUGCCGCACAUUGCUGCGUCUGCACCGUGCCCUGCGCUGGCUGCAGCUCUUCUUGGAGAGUCUGCGCACCAGCACUGAGGACAGUAAGACCUCGGUCAUGUGCUCCGAGGCUUAUAAUGCCUCUCUGGCGCAGUACCACCCGUGGAUCAUCCGGAAAGCAGCUGGAAUGGCAUUUUGUGCCCUGCCAGGCCGUGACGCAUUCUUCGAGGUGAUGAACGCAGGCAGCCAGCAGGAAGUGGUCACACUGUUGGGCGAAGCGUUACCGCUGACCGCAGAAGUCUAUCAGAUCACAGAGGACCUCUAUGCAAAAAACAGCCUGCUUGAUUUACCCUAGAUGGUUGUGCACUACUUGACCUAUUCCAUGGUUACUUGAUUUUACUGGGUGUUGUGUAUAUAUUCCUGCCAUGUUUCAAAUCACUGGGAUAUGAUCACAGUUUAUUAAUAUAAAAUUGAGAAAAUGUAAUCACACAUUUAGUUUUGGGUAAAAGGGAUGUACUGAAUGUACCGGAGUCACUGUUCUAUGUAGUAUAUUCAACACAGUUAGGAUAUACAGGGUGUUUUACAUAUUUAAAAUGCUAACUCUCUCUCUCAUAUACAGUAUGUCUCUGUACACCAGUGACAUGAGAUGUGAAUACACAGCUCUUUUUUUAGUGAGUCAGAUCCUUUGAAUCGGCUCACCAAUAAGAGUUGGCUCUUUCAGCUCCCAAAUGAUUCUUUGACUUUUUUUUUUCUGAACUGGACAAAAUUUACAAUAUUAUUUGCACUGAUGAUUGUUUUCCUUCGCCAGACCACCGCUGAGAUGGUGUAGUAAAACUGUACUCUACCUUAUUUUGCAUUGUAUUUUAUAAAACACAUUUCAAUCAUUCUUAGCCCAAGUUCUCCAAAAGCGAGCGCAGUAAACAUUCCUGCGUCGGUAUUGUACCCUGUUUUGUCUGCGCACCAUCAUAAAGAUUUAUUUCCAUUUACCCUCAUAACCAGUUGCCUCCCCUAAUGAAUUAGAGUAUAAUAAACUACCUCUGCCCACAGCCGAGUCAAACACACGACUCACUGACCAGCUCAAAUUCUGAAAAAAUGGUUUCCAUGGAAGCAGUGAUUCCUGAAGAUGAAAUAAUAACGAAUAAAUUAAUGAAUGCGUAAUGACACUGUCUAUAUCUACAACAAAGAAGGAAAAAGUUGGCUCUGAACAUUGAGCUAAAAGAGCCGAUUCAGAGAGUCGACUCACUCAUAAACGACACCACAUUUUGUACGCCAUUAUUCAUGUGUAAAUACUUGUUCUGUAUGUAUUCAGAGUUGAAAACGGUGGGUGUUGUAAAUAUCUGCACUUUAAUUGACCAAACAGAAAAUAAAUCAAACCAGAACCAGUCA